AUGUUAGCGGUGGGCCAGAUGGACGGGUCCCGACAGAGCGCCUUCCUCCUCAGCCCCCCUCCCUUAGCGGCCCUGCACACCAUGACGGAGAUGAAGACCCCUCUGUACCCGGCCUACCCGCUCUCCUCCCCGGGUCACGCCUCCUCCACCUCCCCGGCCACCACCUCUCCGAACCCGGGCGGCAUGGCGGCCUCGUCCCCGGGCAUAAAGAGCUCCGUGGGGCUGUCGUCCCCCCAGCAGAGCUCCUCCGCCACCCCCCACGGGAUUAACGACAUCCUGAGCCGGCCCUCCGCCGCCUCCUCGGCCGCAGCCUCGGUGGUCGCCGCCGCCGCCGCCGCCUCGUCCCCCGCGGGGCUCCUGUCCAGCCUUCCCCGCUUCAGCAGUCUCAGCCCGCCGCCUCCGCCGGGACUCUACUUCGGGCCCGGGGCCGCCGUGGCCGUGGCCCGGUACCCGAAGCCCCUGACGGAGCUUCCCGGGAGGACUCCCGGACUCUUCUGGCCCGGAGUGAUGCAGAGCCCGACGUGGAGGGACGCGCGGUUCGCGUGCUCGCCGCACCAGAGCUCGGUGCUGCUGGACAAAGACGGCAAACGCAAACACACCCGGCCCACCUUCUCCGGCCAGCAGAUCUUCGCCCUGGAGAAAACCUUCGAGCAGACCAAGUACCUGGCGGGACCGGAGCGGGCGAGGCUGGCCUACAGCCUGGGCAUGACCGAGAGCCAGGUCAAGGUGUGGUUCCAGAACCCUGAGGCUGAAGCUCUGGAGACCAGAAGAAGAGCAGCAGAAGAUCUUCCUCUCUGA